AAGUUAACAGCAAUCAUUAUUACGAUGAAGGAAUGUUUGGUAUAUCAAGCACGUUUAGCCAGCAUCGGGCUAGUAGUCGAGCGUCAGUGACCAAUCAUGGCGGCGCCUCAACCCACCACAGUCUGCCGCGGCAUUGUCAAGCAGGUCCUUUCUGGUGAUGCAGUCAUCGUGCGGGGCCAGCCCAAGGGCGGCCCACCCCCUGAGAGGCAGAUUAACUUCUCCAAUGUUGUGGCGCCCAGGACGGCACGCAGGGCUACCAAUAAUGCGCCAGAGACGGUGGAUGAGCCUUAUGGGUGGGAGAGCCGAGAGUUUCUGCGCAAGAAGGUGAUUGGCAAGGAGGUCCUCUUCACGGUGGAGACCAAGACCAACACUGGGAGGGAGUAUGGCGCCAUCUACCUGGGCAAGGAUGUCAGCUCGGGAGAGAACCUGACAGAGACCAUGGUGUCGGAGGGCCUGGUGUCUGUGAGGAGGGAGAGCAUCAGGGGCGAGUCCAGGCUGGUUGAGUUGGAGGAGGCAGCCAGGUCUCAGGGGAAGGGCAAGUGGGCUGGCAGUGACGCUGAACACGUGCGUCAGGUGAAGUGGACCUGCGAGAACAUGCGUGCCUUUGUUGACAAGGCGAAGGGCCGGCCGUUUGAUGCUGUGAUUGAGCACGUGAGGGACGGCUCCACGGUGCGCUGCUUCCUCCUGCCGGACUUCCAUUACAUCACUCUUAUGAUCAGCGGCAUCAGGUGUCCGAUGAACAAGUUGGACUCAGAGGGCAAGGUGGACAAGGGCAACAGUGAACCCUUUGCAGAUGAGGCACGCUUCUUCACCGAGUCGCGUCUUCUACAGCGCGAUUUGCAAGUCAUCCUGGAGACCUUCAACAAUAACAAUUUUGUCGGAUCCAUCGUCCACAAGAAAGGCAACAUUGCCGAGGCACUGCUGAGGGAAGGCUUUGCCCGCUGUGUUGACUGGUCCAUUGCUACAGUGACUGGCGGCCCUGAGAAGCUGAGGACGGCAGAGAAGGUGGCCAAGGAGAAACAGUUGAGGCUGUGGCAGGACUACAAGCCUUCCAGUCUCUCUCUGGCAGAGAAGGACAAGGAGUUCACAGGCAAGGUGGUGGAGGUGGUGAAUGGUGAUGCCUUGGUUGUGAAGCGGCAGGAUGGCACCAACAAGAAGAUUUUCCUCUCCAGCAUCCGCCCUCCAAGGCAGGGGGAGGUUGAUGCACCGCGUCUCCCCGGCAAGAACUUCCGGCCCCUGUAUGACAUUCCGUGGCUGUUUGAGGCACGUGAAUUCCUGCGCAAGAAGCUGAUUGGCCAGAAGGUUCAGUGCUCCGUCGACUACAUCCAACCCGCACAGAACAACUUCCCCGAGAAGACCUGCUGCACCGUCAGGAUUGGUGAUGUAAAUGUUGCGGAGGCCAUGGUGAGCAAAGGUUACGCCACGGUGAUCAGGUAUCGCCAAGACGACGACCAGCGUGCCAGCUGCUACGAUGACCUGCUCUCUGCCGAAGCCAAGGCCAGCAAGUCCAGCAAGGGUCUGCACAACAAGAAGGAAACACCCAUUCACCGGGUGGCCGAUCUCUCCAGUGACGUAAACAAGGCCAAGGGCUUCCUGCCGUUCCUGCAGCGUGCUGGACGCACCGAGGCUGUUGUGGAGUUUGUGGCAUCUGGCUCCCGUGUGAGACUCUUCAUCCCCAGAGAGACUUGCCUCAUCACCUUCCUGCUGGCUGGCAUCAGCUGUCCGCGCCCCACCCGGCCAGCGCCAGGAGGCGUUGGAGGAACCAUCACUGGGGAGCCCUACGGGGAGGAGGCCCACGCCUUCACCAAGAACCUGGUGAUGCAGCGUGAGGUGGAGAUUGAGGUUGACUCCAUGGACAAAGGUGGUAACUUCAUUGGCUGGCUGCACGUGGAGGGCAAGAACCUGUCCGUGUUGCUGGUUGAGGAAGGACUCAGCACUGUCCACUUCACUGCAGAGUUGUCUAAGUUCUAUCAGCAAUUGACCUCAGCACAGGAGUCUGCCAAGUCUAAGAACCUCAACUACUGGUCCACCUAUGUUGAGGAGGAGAAAGAUGAGAAGCCCGAGGAUCAGGUUGGGGAGCGCAAGGUGGACUUGAAGCCACUGGUCAUCACUGCCGUGACUCGGGAAGGAACGCUGUAUGGCCAGUACUGCAGCGAUGGCCCGGCACUGGAGCAGCUCAUGGACAAACUGCGCUCAGAGUUUGCCAGCAAGCCUCCCCUUGGUGGAGCCUACACUCCGAAGAAAGGUGAUCUCUGUGCGGCCCAGUUUGUGGACAGCCAGUGGUACCGUGCUAAAGUGGAGCGAGUCUCUGGCCAGAACGUGACUGUGCGUUACGUUGACUAUGGCAACCGGGAGGUGACGCAGGGUAUUAAGUGUGCCUCCCUGCCCGCCGGCUUCUCCUCGCAGCCAUUCUAUGCCCACGAGCUGCGUUUGGCCCUGGUCAAAUUCAGCAAAGACGAAGACUAUGUGGAGGAUGCCCUGGCCGCCCUGAUGACUGAGGUGGAAAACCGGGAGGUGCUGGCCAACCGGGAGUACCGCGCCAAUGGUGCGGAUUACGUGUCCCUGCAGCGGGCGGACAACAAGGCUGAUGUGGCGGAGGUGCUGCUGGGUCAGGGGCUGCUGCUCAUAGAUGAGAGGAAGGACAAGCGCUUCCUGUCCAUGCUGACCACUUACCGCGCCGCCCAGGAGUCCGCGCGACGCAAGCACCUCAACGUUUGGCAGUAUGGCGAUGUCACUGAAGACGAUGCACAUGAGUUUGGAAUGGAACGGUAGAGAGGGAUAUCCACUCAAUUGUACCACCACCACCACCACCACCACCACCACCACCACUACCACUACUGCCACCACCACCACUCUGCCACCAUCUCCCAAUUUCUCUGCUCCUUCUCUUGUACUGUGUCCCAUUUGAGUUAGUUGUGGAUUAGAGGAGCAGGAUCAAAGUAUGUGACCCCUUUUUUAUUCAGAUUGACGUACAUUUCUUGUCUUUCCAUCUCCCUAGUAUCUUGGGAUAUUGUGUGUGUGUAUGUAUGUUUGUGUGUGUAUGUGUAUAUUUGUGUAUGUGUGUGUGUCGCAAGUGUUUUGUCACAUUUUGGGUCGCUUAUAAGUAAAUCUUCCUCAUCUUCUCGGUAGCUGUGUGUUGAUAUUCCUCCUUUUGUUCCUCAUUUCUCAGGCAAGAAUUGUUCCAGAUUAUUUUUCUCUUCUUUAACUUUUGGUUUUAAUUUAUUACACCCUCCCCUUCCCCCUGCUCACUAUGUUGAGAAAUGCAAUGGUGCUGGCCGGGAAGACCUUUCUUAUUUUGUUAAUGACUGCUAGUGUGUUGACAUUCUUAGCUCCAGAUUGUUUUCUUUAUUAUGGAUUUCUGUUACAGACAUUGCAGGAAUUUAUUUAGUUCCCAGACAUUUUCUUUGUGUGUAUGUGUGUGUUGGGUAGGGGUGCAUUGGUUGUGUUGUGCUUGUUUAAUUUAAAUCAAAGUAAGCUGUACACACAUACACACACAGACACAUAAACACACACAUCCCUUUUUGCCUGUGUUUGGUGGAAGCUGUGAAGUACUUUUUAAGGCCAUACUAGGGUUAUUCUCUUUUGUACUGUUCAAGUAUAUUGCUGCUGCUGCUGCUACUACUGUUGAGAACUUGCUGACACUGCUCAUUACCACCUCUCUAUUGCCUAAGACAUAUUUAUUUGGGUUCCCUUAUGUCAGUUUUGCUGUCAUGUUCUAGGGGGUUUCUAGUGUGGGUCUUUUAUGCAGAGUUCAGAAAGGAUGCAAAAGUAGGGAACAUUUAGAGUAGGUGUCCUUGGUUAUGGAUGUUUAUAAUGUGUUCAGGAGUUGCUUGUUGUCGCCCUCUUACUGCGAGAGUUGAGCAGUCCAGUACGACAACAGUUCCCUUUGUGGUGGUGGUUGUGGUGUGUGUGUGUGUGUGUGUGUGUGUGUGUGUGUGUGUGUGUGUGUGUGUGUGUGUGUGUACGGGUGUGUAAACAUUGUGGUUGUUUUGGUUUUCUUUUACAUUGUUUUUAUUCACACACAUGCACACACAACAGACAAUGGUGAUACAUACACACUUCUGUCCAGGUGUUAUCCUUUGUUCUUGAAUCCAAUGCUUUUUAAAGUCUCUCCAUCUGUCUUUUUGGUUUGUAUGUGUGACGGGCGUGCCAUCAGCAAGCGACGUGUGGUGAGGGAAUGCACCGUUGCAGCAUCAAGUGUCUGUUCAUAUUUGGGGGGGAAGGGAGACAUAAUGAAAAAUGAUGCUGUUCUUGAAAGCAUCACUGUAAACAUUUACUUAAUUUCUUUUUAUAUAUGCCUGUAUAUUAAGUAAAAUAUAUGCAUGGA